CAGAUGAGACUGCGAAGGUCGAUGUUGUAGUAGAUUCCAAAGUUGUUGUUUGCAAUCACGAGCGGUGCCUAUUUACCUAUGUUUAACUUGAGUAAAUAAAAACCGGUAUGAACUAAAAGCUGUCUUGUCCACUUCAUAAGUAUGUUCUUGAAUAAAGUUCAAUGGUCUAGGCCAAGGCUGGUUAAAAUGAUGAGCAAUAAUUCUCUAAGCUAAUUGAGCAGCUGCUCAAAACAAUAGGCCACUUACACACGCCAUCACAUAAACAAUGAUUGUUAUAUCAUAACGUAACAUCCCGGUUCAUUAACAUACCGAACAUGAAUUAUAUCACAGUUUUAUCUCAGUGUCGUGCCCGCUCGCUCGCGGCAGCACGUCAACAUGUUCGCCUUGAGACUCGCUACCAGGGCGAAACACUUCGCUCAAUCGUUGCCAAGCGCAGCUACUAUCAAACUAAUUCACACACAAAAUGUGCUACACAAAAAUAAAACGGACGAUUUAUUAAACGUAGAUAUCCGCGGCGAGUCUUUGCAGUUCCCAUACGUGUGGUUACGAGAGAACUGCCAGUGCGAACAGUGCUAUCAUACCACGGCCAAAAGCCGGAUUCUUGAUUGGAGCAAAUUCGACGUCAACGUUAAACCGAAGGAUGUUUCAAACCACCAGAACUACCUGCAAGUCACAUGGGACGACGGACACACAUCCCAAUAUAAUUUGAACUGGCUCAAACUCAGGGGUUUUGCGCCGGAACAUCAGAAGAACUACACCGAUACUAUCUAUAAACCCAAGAAGAUAUCGUGGCAUGGUGAUGAGUUCAAUAAAAUAUUUUCCAAACAUGAUUACAACGAGAUACUAAACUCGGACGAGGCCCUGUACAACUGGCUAUACCAGUUUUCCGUGUACGGUGUCGCCUUAAUACAGAAUACUCCAGACUCGGAAACAGCUGUAGACGCGAUAGUGAACAAAAUUGGAUUUACUAAGAGGACACACUAUGGGGUCAAGUUUGUUGUGCGGAAUGUACCGAACACGAGUAAUGUGGCCUAUCUGUCGAGUAACUUGCAGCUACACACUGACCUGCCCUACUAUGAGUACUGCCCGGGAACGAAUUUACUACAUUGUUUAGUUCAAACAAAGAGCCUAGGUGGCGAAAACAUACUAUCGGACUGUCACUUUACUGCCAGAUAUAUGGAAGAGCAUCACCCAGAGCAAUAUAAGCUGCUUACCGACACGGAAAUCGAAUGGCGGGACGUUGGGGUAGAAGACGGCAACGAAUUCUUUAAGUUAUACCGCGAGCCCGUUAUUCGAUUAGACCGACACGGAGAAAUAACGCGAAUUAACUUUUCCAUUCCACAAAGAGGCAGUCAGUUCCCUGGACCUAUUGAGACAGUGAAGCCAUGGUAUGAAGCUCACAGAAACUUCCUGGCUUUGAAUCAUAAAUUCGCGGCGCGGUUCAAGACGAAAGCUGGGGACAUAUUAUGCUUUGACAAUAUUCGACUACUGCAUGGAAGGAACGCAUAUGAGGACAGCGAGAAUAAUGUGAGACAACUAAUAGGAGCCUAUGUGGACUGGGAUGAGAUAUACUCAAGGUUGAGAUGCCUGAAAGUUAAACUAAAGAAUGAAGAUGGUAUCUGUUGAAUGCAGUUUUGAAUGUGAAUAACCAGUUGAUGCCUGCAAAUAAAAAUACUUAUGUAAUAACAUUAAAAAA